ACUUGACGUCGAUUACAUUACGAUCCCAGAUAACACGAAUACGUUUGUACAUGAGAAGCUACCCGAAACUUGCCUCGAACUAUGAUACCAUAAGCAUUGCGAUCAUUUCCAAGCCAAGCGCAUUAUGUCUUUUACCAAUACGCCCGUGACCCGGCUUGGUGUGGUCGGUCUUGUGGCUGGCUCUAUUCUAGCCAGCGUCCUUGACGUCAAGCACUACUUUUACAUCUUAAUCGAUACUCACAUUUGGCGCUACCGGCAAUUCUGGAGGCUUCUGGUCUACCAGCUGUGUUAUGUCAACUCAACCGAGGUUCUCUUUGCUGCCAUGUCUUUGUAUAACCUUCGAAUCGUUGAGCGCAUGUGGGGUUCCCGCAAGUUCGUUUCCUUCCUGGCUGUCACUUAUCUCAUCACGUCCAUCAUUCCACCGAUCGUCUCGAUCGUGCUGCGGCCUCUCACUGCCGGAUAUCUGAACUACAUCCCGGCUGGCCCUACUCCCAUCAUUUUCGCCAUUCUUGCUCAGUAUCAUGCCAUGGUUCCGCACAUGUACAAAUAUCGAAUUGCAACGUCUGAGGCACCACCAACGGACCGACCAUUCGUGGGACUUACGUUCUCUGAUAAGUCCUACAAAUACGCCAUUGCUCUACACCUCGCGCUAUUACAAUGGCCAGGUUCGGUUCUGGGUGCAAUCACCGGUUGGGUCAUUGGAUAUUCGUGGCGAGAAGGGCUUCUCCCGGCUGCCCUCGUACGUUGGCGCGUACCAGGUUGGGUAGUGGGACUGAGUUCGCAGAGGCGGAGCGCCGAAUUUGAAGGUCUCCGACGUCGUCUUGAAGAUGAGAAUUCAACGGCGGCCACAACGGGAGCGCAGGGACAGGCGCAGGGACAAGCCGAGCGUCGAAGAACAAUGGGACAACAGAUCAUGGACCAAGUACGAGAAGUACUUUAGUGCGGUCGAUAUGACAAAGGCACCACAGUCAUUCAUUGCAUUCAAUUCAGCGACAUGGUCUGAAUCACUACGAGACAUGCGAGUCUUACAGUGCAUUCCCCCUCCAACUUGUCUCAACUCAGCGUACAUAUGGCAUACCAAUAAUUGAUCGAGUAUUGUCUGGCGGAGGAAUGGACCCAAUGGAGUAACGGCAGACGCAUCUCUGAUGUGUCAAGACAGGCUGACAGUUUUGUGCAUCGACGGAGGGUGUCAACCUGCGCAAUUAGGAUUCGUCCAUGGCGUUGUCAGCCACAUCCAUCGGCUGUCAGCAUUACUGGGGAUUAGCGGACACAGCCAUGGAGAGAUAUGACAACAAUGCCAAUGAAAGCCACUAUAAAGGGAGUAUUAAUGUUUAUAAAUAAGAAACUGGGGGUCGCAAGGAGAACAACUCAGCCUCUAAAAAACGCUGCAAUAAUUAUGCAGGUUGAAAUUACCUAGAUAAACAAGAACAAGAAACGCCAUCUCUAUCCUGUU